CCCUCCCAAGAAACGCGACCUGCAUCGUCUCGCUCUGCACCACCACCGCGUCCUGCACCACCACCACCGCGUCCUGCACCAGUCCCCCAGCUGCCGCGCUCCCCGCCACCACCACCACCACCAUGCGUGAGAUCGUGCACAUCCAGGCCGGCCAGUGCGGCAACCAGAUCGGCGCCAAGUUCUGGGAAGUGAUCAGCGAUGAGCACGGGAUCGACCCCACGGGCUCGUACCAUGGAGACAGCGACCUGCAACUCGAGAGGAUCAACGUCUACUACAACGAGGCGUCGGGGGGUAAGUUCGUCCCAAGAGCCAUCCUAGUCGACCUGGAACCCGGCACCAUGGACUCCGUCCGCUCCGGACCUUUCGGACAAAUCUUCCGGCCCGACAACUUCGUCUUCGGCCAGAGUGGCGCGGGUAACAACUGGGCCAAGGGCCACUACACGGAGGGUGCGGAGCUGGUGGACUCGGUGCUGGACGUGGUGCGCAAGGAGGCGGAGAGCUGCGACUGCCUGCAGGGCUUCCAGCUGACGCACUCGCUGGGCGGGGGCACCGGCUCGGGCAUGGGCACCCUGCUCAUCAGCAAGAUUCGCGAGGAGUACCCCGACCGCAUCAUGAACACCUUCAGUGUGGUGCCCUCCCCCAAGGUGUCGGACACGGUGGUGGAGCCGUACAACGCGACGCUGUCGGUCCACCAGCUGGUGGAGAACACGGACGAGACAUACUGCAUCGACAACGAGGCGCUCUAUGACAUCUGCUUCCGCACCCUCAAGCUCACGACGCCCACAUACGGCGACCUCAACCACCUGGUGUCGGCCACCAUGAGCGGCGUCACCACCUGCCUGCGCUUCCCGGGACAGCUCAACGCCGACCUGCGCAAGCUCGCCGUCAACAUGGUGCCCUUCCCUCGCCUGCACUUCUUCAUGCCGGGCUUCGCGCCGCUCACCAGCCGCGGCUCGCAGCAGUACCGCGCGCUCACCGUGCCCGAGCUCACCCAGCAGAUGUUCGACGCUAAGAACAUGAUGGCGGCGUGCGACCCGCGGCACGGCCGCUACCUCACGGUGGCCGCCAUCUUCCGCGGGCGUAUGUCCAUGAAGGAGGUGGACGAGCAGAUGCUGAGCGUGCAGAACAAGAACAGCAGCUACUUCGUCGAGUGGAUCCCCAACAACGUGAAGACGGCCGUGUGCGACAUCCCGCCGCGUGGCCUCAAGAUGUCCGCCACCUUCAUCGGCAACAGCACGGCCAUCCAGGAGCUGUUCAAGCGCAUCUCCGAGCAGUUCACAGCCAUGUUCCGCCGCAAGGCCUUCCUCCACUGGUACACGGGCGAAGGCAUGGACGAGAUGGAGUUCACCGAGGCGGAGAGCAACAUGAACGACCUCGUCUCCGAGUACCAGCAGUACCAGGACGCCACGGCCGAGGAGGCGGGCGAGUUCGAGGAAGAGGAGGGCGAGGACGAUGAGGAGGCCUGAGACGUCGGGUGACCUCGUCGCUUGCCGGGGGUGAUGAAAUCCAUGGAAGCUUCCUCGUCGCUCUCUCCCUUUCUCUCUUUCUCUCUCUCUCUCGAUGGUUCCAUUUGCGCUGCCCAAUGGAUUUGGUUUGGGGUGUGUGUGUGUGGGUGUGAGUCGCCAUGCUGGUGGUGAAGCUGUCAUUCUGCAGGUGGUAAAAAUUGUCAUUCCGCUAGUCAGGCUGUCAUACUGGUGGGCUAUCAGCCAACCCCGGCAGUCAGGUCGCUGUGCUGGUGGCAAAGCUGCCGUGUUGGCGGCCUUGCCACCACGCCGGCGGUCAGAUCGUCGUUGGUCAGAUCAAACAGCGGGGGAAUGCCGUUAUGGAAAUCGAAGUUAAGCACGGUCGGCAUUUGGACAACAAGCGGGCACUGCGUGCUGCGCUACAAACAUGGCAACCCAAGUUAAAUUCCCGAUCACGGCCAACACCAGUGAUGAUUAUCUGUAUCAGUCCUGGGCCUCUCUUAGGUCGACUCAGCCUCAAAUGCGUUCCUGGUGCAGUGUGUAAACAUCGCCACUGGGAAGACAAAUUUGGCCGGGCAUGGUGCUGGUCACCCACCCCCUCCUGCGCCGUGCCGGCCUUCAUAGGGGCUUGCUAACAGCACUUGUCCCAACAGCCUGUUCAGACUAUAUAGGGGAUCUUUGUCUUUGUUUUAUUUAUUUAUUAAUACAUCGCACGCACAUACACACAGUGAACACUGAGAUUCUCAAUGAGGGGCAUCGUUGUAACUUCCCCAUAUAUCAGCGAUUGCUCACCGUUCCAGGUUGAGGAGGCAACUCCAAACGUCACCUCGGGGUUUCCAUUCUCAAGUAAAUUGUAUGCAAAGGCAGAACUGGUCUGUUGUAGUUCAGCUCUCGUGCAUUCACCACCACCACCAUCAUCAUUCAGCCUCACAUUCCAAACGUCCACCUGCAUGGGGUUUUUAUCACUGGAGACUGAAAAAUCCGGGUUGGAGCUUUUGUAGCCUCCGCUACCUGAAACCACGCGGUGCCGAUGCCAUCGACGGGACCUCCCUGACGCUUUUGAAAACUGGAAUACGCUUUCUCAACCACACUCUGGAAGGAAAUCGAACAAGCAACAUUGGUCAGCGCAAACCUCGGUGUGGAGGGAAGGAGGAGAGAUGACUGAGAAGCUUCCGCGGAUUCUCGUGAGCUAAGCCACAGGCCGUCAUGUAUUAAACACGUGUAACAGCGCAUGCGUAUGUGAGCCAGCACGUCGUCGUCGUCAUGACAUCAUCAUCGUCGUUAUCACAUCAUCAUCGCCACGUCAUGCCACUCUAUGUUGUCAUUGCAAGAAUUUCACAACAUCGCAUCAUCACACCAUUGUCACGACAAACUGGCGGCCCGUCUCGUCACAUGAUCACGAUAGAAUUACAACACAACACCAUAUUGUGACACCACUACCACCACGUUGUCACCAUCAUGACACCAUCGUCACAAUACGCCUACCACAUCAUCUCGUCAACCGCAUCAGAAUAUACUGCCACAUCGCAUAACCUCGACACCCAGAUCAGAAUCGUUCAUUAUCCUGGAGAAAUCCGAUGACCUAUAAAGCUCUUUUUCACAGAUGUCCAGUAAAUAACUGCACUACCACAUCCAUCAUUGCAGCAUUGUCUUCAUCAUCACGACUUCGUGUCGCGAGGCGUUAAUGGGUCCACUACCAUUAACCAACCUUUCACUGUCAAUUCACUACCACUGUUGAUCAUUUAAUCACUGCUAUCUAAUUAUCAUCACGCAGUGUGAACCACCAUACCCAGGAUGGACGAGGGUUGACCAUGCGUCGACCCUUCACUUUUAAUCGACAAGUGACCCAUCUUGCCGUGCCUCCUCCGCCCACUCCUCACCUCAUCAUCCGAACACCGUCUCUCUGCCGAACGGGCACACACACGUGUCCAGUUAAAGUCCGCGGACCCAGACCAGGGAUCCCAUCCGCCGGUGCCGACCUGAGUUGGCCAAAACAUUUAGUCGUGUUCUUGCUUUAGGAAGGGAUCAACAAACCGUCGUGAGCUAUUCGGACGCAUGCCACUGUCAACGGGAAGAGGCUAUCGCGUGUUCAAACCCGUUGGGAAGUUAUUAUCCCCCCCAUGUUUACAGCCCUGAUUUGGUAGUGGCGGUACCACGUGGUUUGUGGACCACAGGGGCCCCAAUUGAGAACGUGUUAAUACUGUGACGACUGGGCUCUGUGUAACCUCUGCGGAAUAGUGCUACAGAAUACAGAGCAACGGAUGCAAAUGUUGCAACGUCGAACACGGAGCUGAUGUCGUUGCUAUUCUUUUUUUGUAAUGAUGCACAGUUGGUAGAUUUGACCGCCAACCAUGUACACACAGUUGGUCGUCGCCAAUCGUGUAAUGAAGGGAGUCCGGAGGCCACUUCUGGACAGGAGCAACUAAAGGAGUGAAAGGAAUGGGAGACCAUGGCAGACAGCGAGAGAGAGAGGGGGAGCCUCGCCCAGAAGUGGGAAGUUAGAGGCUCGAGUCGUCGCCGCUCUGGUGACCGGGAGAUCGUUGAUCGAUGUUCGGUCGCCGGGGCCGGCGGUGGCGUGAGUCGUGAUUUCUCGCUCAAACAGAGUCGGUCGCGUGAACGAAGGCUGCUACCAUCUUCCGCUCCAUUUACGGACUGAACAAAGAACGACCAAUACACUCCUGGCCCUUGUAAAUAAACACUGCAAUUACCUGGUCAACAUGAUACGUUGGCACGUCCACCAACAAGGUUGACAUGGUUUUUUGCCGAGUAGCCCUACCACUGAAGUUUUGCCAAUUUAAUUGGCACCAACGUAAACUCUGACCCCGGGUCUAAUUCCCCUCUCCUCCCGCCGUUUGGUCCCCCUCAUCCAUGAACUCUGCUUCUGUCGUCGCCUCCUCCGGUCUGUUGCCACGAACUUUAUGCAAAGCAUUUGUCGAGGUCUAUGUUGAUAUCAUUUGUCAGUGUCGCAUGCGCUGUGGUGGUGCAUCGAUGUGUUCUUUGUAUUAUUUUGCGGGACGAGCUUGCGCGGACACGUACGUCACUCGCGACGCGUGCUUUCUAACGCGUGCUUUGUUACGCGUGUCGGAGUGCGAGCCAACAAGAAUAAAACAAAAAAGCUGCCAACUUUA